AUGUCUAUAUAUGAGGGGAGGAAUGGAUGGCGAGGCAGCCAGCUGCUGCUGCAGUUUCAUUACCGCCUUAAACUUAAUUUGCUGCCUGCAGCAGAUGCAGCACUAGCAAGAGCAGUAAAGGAGCGUCAGCUGCAGCAGCUGCAGCAGCAGCAGCAGCAGCAGCAGCAAGGGAGGCAACAAGGUUUGUCUUUUCCUGUGUUGUCUCCAGAAGAAACAGACAGCGUUGCUGCUGCUGUGCAGCAGCAGCAACAGCAGCAGCAACAACAGCAGCAGCUGCUGCUGACGCUGCUGCCUCGUGAGCACUUGCAAGAGAACUUGAGAGAAGAUCUAAAAAGCAUAGGGUGGGGCCCUCCUGCUGCUGCUGCAGCAGCAGCAGCAGCAGCAAACGGGGAUUAUUUAUCUCCAGCAAACUCUAGCGACAGCAUCUCCGUAGCGGCAGCAGCAACAGCAGCAACAGAAGCAGCAGAUGCAGCAGCAGACACACCAGCAGCAGAACAGCAGAACGACUUUGAUGUUGCAGCCGCUGCCCAGCAACAACAGCAGCAGCAGCAGCAGCAGGAGCAGCAGCUGCUGCAACAGCAACAGCAACAGCAGCAGCAGGAAGAGGAAAUCGAAGCAUUGAAGGAAAAGAUAGCAAGCUUAGAGCUGCAGCAGCAGCUGCAGCAGCGCGAGUGUGCAGCAGCAACUGCAGCAGCUGCUGCAUUGCAGCAGCAGGUGCAGCAACUGCAGCAAGACAAUCGAUAUCUGCGCAUGCAUUUCCGACGGGGCUUUGUUAUUAACAGCACCCCUGCUGCAGCAGAUAAGACAGAGCAGCAGCAGCAGCAGCAACAGCAGCAAGAUAGCAGCAAGGAUUCUACACGCAGCAGCACAGAUUUGCUGCAGCAGAAACUUGCAGUGUAUAGGCAGCAGCUGAUGCUGCUGUAUGAGGAAAAUCAAAGGUAUAAAGGGCAGCUUACAGCGCAGCAGCAGCAGCAACAGCAGCAGCAGCAACAACAGCAGUAG